AGGGGGCGCGGACCACAGGUGAAUUUUAUCCUAGAAGGUAAUGGGCAAGAUAGGGUGAACAUCACCACCCGUCGGGCAGGGGUAGAAAAAAAACUUAUUAGAGAUAUGGUAAUGGAAGAGGUCGCGGGGACUAGCGCAGAUCAAGGUGAAACUGAGACCGGGGAACAGGAAAAGGUUUUUGGAAAGACAAGGGAAGAAGAGUCGAUAGUUAAAGUCGUGGCGGCAAAGAAGAAGCUCAGGUACCAAAUCCCAACCCUGACCUUGCCAGAAAUCGAUGAUACUCUGAGCAAACUGCUAGGUAUCAUGGUAUCGGUAUCCUUUCAGACCAUGCUGCAGGCAAGCCCGAGAUUGCUUAAAGGACUCAGGCAAUUACUAACGCGCCGACGCGUAGAGGUAGAGGAGGCCCCGGAACCACAGGAGCAGGAAACGGAAGAGGCUGGGACACCGCAAGGGGUCUCCAACCUCCAAAGGAUCCCAGGGGAUCCGGAGGACCGAGAGAAGGCCUUUGCAGAUAUUCGCCUAAGCCUACCGGACCGAGAGGGUGGAGAAGUUAUGAGGGCGUCGCUCGGAACGAAGCUUAGCUUCCAUGCAUUGCCCGUAGGAAAGCUGAAGGUCCAGAUCGGAACCCACCACAAGGAUGCAUUAGUGGACGGUGGUGUGAAAAUUACCCUCAUACGACGAGACUUUGUGACAAUUACCGGCUGCACCGUAAACAAGGAGGUGGCGGGGAGUAUCCGGGAAGCGGGCUGGGAGAUUCCCUUCGCAGGGUACGUCACGAAAUGCGCAGUCAGGGCAGGGAUCAAAGAAUCGAUUUUGUCCUUGCAGCGGAUGACCGUGAUGGAAGAAAUGGACCAUGACAUAAUUCUAGGGAGGCCAUGGUGCGCUUAUUUAGAGAUGAUAGGUAUGCAUCUGCAUGAUGGCACAUACAUGGUGGAUAUAGAGGACCCCGUGACCGGCCGGGGAGAACUCCUCCGACUCCUUGAGACAGGAGGGGAUCCCCCGAAGGGCAAAUUGGCAACCUGGUCGCCAAAGUUCAAAGAGAGUGCGCGAAAGGGGGCAUUCGCACGGAUGGAAGAGCGGCGGUACUCACAGUUCAAGAAAGAGGUCUUAGCCAUUUUACAUUGCCUUAAGACUUUUCAGGCAUACCUAUUCGGGAGAAGGUUUAUCCUGAGAAUCGAUCCGACCAAUGUCGUCGGGGCAUUAAAGAACUACAAACCUAUAGACCCGACCGUUGGGAGAUGGAUAGGAUUUAUUUGGCAAUUCGACUACAAGGUCGAGCGAAUUGCGGGGCUCCGGAACAGGGCAGACGGGCUAAGUCGGGUUUGCAUCACGCCGGAGGGAGUAGAGGAUGCAGAACCGAUCGACGCCUUCCUUGAAUACGAAGGGGGAACCCUUGUCGUAGAUAACGAGAUGGCGGGCGCCACGCUUACGACAGCCCAGUUGCUGAUCCAGACCUUGGAAAAGGGGGCGCCUGCAGUAGUUGCGGAACUCAGGGAAGGACCAGUCACCACGAUUAGGCGCAAAGAUGAGAAGGAUUUGUGGGGGGCAACGACCGGGCCGAAAGAGAAGUUGAUGACCAUGGUCGUUGAAGGGGGCCGAGAUGCUGUGAUGAAUCCAGUAGAAACUUGGAUGCGAAGAGAGCAGCAGUAUCUAAUGAAUCAGGCUCAGGAGGGGCAAGACACCGAUCAGAAGGGACGAGAAUUCUUCCUUAUACAGAUGUAUGAUGACAUCUUUAGAGAAAUCGGUCUGCUGCUUAUAGGAAACAAGCAGCCUAUGCCUACUGGGGAACAAGCAACAAGACAGGCUGGGGAAUCAAGUUCCAGGAAAAGGAUGUUGUAUGUGGAAUUUGACUUCAACUUGGUUGUGAAAAGAGGAGGAAGGAACCAAGGGACCAGGGGACCCUCUCCCGUGAGAGAGGGGGAACCAAUAGUUCUCCCAUCUGACAGUGACACCAGUAGUGAGGAGGAUGGGAACCUAGGAAAGAGGCAGAGGAUGGAAGAGGAAGAGCCCAACGAGAUCAUAGACCUCAGCAGUGAGGAAGAGGAUGAUGAGGUCACAACGCCCACGAGAGAGGUACGCGGAAGGGAUGAGGACCCAGGUGAAGAGAAGGACAAAUGGAUAAGAGAGUUCGGGUCAUCUUGCAGUGACCGGUUCGAUCAAUGGGCCAGUAUCAUGCGGUAUGAGUGGGCGAUGAGAGGAAAGGAGAAGCUGAGCAGAGGAGAGGACAUAGCGCCAACAACAUUUUUCACAGAAGAGGCGCUCCUACAAUUGCAAAGGACGAAGAGAAAGAUGCAGCAAGAGAUCGACAAUCGUGCAAGGGAGGCUCGGCACUGGGCAACUGGGCGGUAAAGGGGCAGUAGACACAACAGGGAAUAGCUAGACAAUGGGAAGGAUUGGUACCUGAGACUGGCAAAACUGUCAUUUUAAGCUUCGCAUUUGAUUUUUUUUGGGAAUAAACUACUAUGAGAUAA